CUUACGCGGCGCAAGAAAAAAAAGAGUGGAAAAGGUCUUACCGGGAUCCUUAUCGCCUUAGUUGAAUGUAGCCAAGUUGGCCAAGAACGGACGCAAGCCCCCUUUUCCUCACUUCCCUCAAUUGUACCGUGCAGCAGAAGUUACAGUGAUACACCCUUUUUUCUCUUAUUCCCUAUCCCUCCCUAUCCCUAUCCACUCACUUGACUUGGCAUCUCCACGGUGGCCUUUGGUUGAUUGACUGGAUCGAUUUUUUAUCUGGAGCCCUUCGCUUUUCUCGUCUUGUCUUGUCUUGUCCUGUCCCGCAUAUCGUAUCGUAUCGCUUCGUGUUCUUUUCGAGAUUCGUCAUUCUCUGCUACGCAUUGAAUCACUGUUGAACGACAUUCCGGCCGUUCGUCCACUCUUUUUUUAGAAGCCGUUUAAUCGCUUGCGACCGACCAACCGACCGACUCGACGCCGCAGCCAUGGCUGACCAGAACAAGAAGAACGACGACUUCGUUGCCAAGAUGCCCGAGUCUGCCAACGAGAACAACAUUGGUGAUGGUGACAAGGAGAACGACUCCCUUGUUGGCCGCGGUCCAGGCACUGAUGCCCUCCCCGCGCAGCCUUCAGGCUUCAUGAACAAGAUCGAGAACAGCGGGCCAUUCUCUAUUCUUGCUUACUGUCUGUCUUCUAUUUCCAUGACCGUCGUCAACAAGUAUGUUGUGUCUGGUACAUCAUGGAACCUUACUUUCUUCUACCUCGCUGUUCAGUCCAUUGUCUGUAUUGUUGCCAUCACAGCAUGCAAGCAAUUCGGCAUGAUCAAGUCCCUUGCUCCCCUUGAGAUGGACCGCAUCAAGAAGUGGUACCCAAUUUCGCUCGUCCUUGUUGGUAUGAUCUACACAAGCACCAAGGCUCUGCAGUACCUCUCCGUGCCUGUCUACACCAUCUUCAAGAACUUGACCAUCAUCGCCAUUGCUUAUGGUGAGGUCCUCUGGUUUGGUGGUUCCGUCACACCCAUCGCCCUCUCUUCUUUCGGUCUCAUGGUUCUGAGCUCUGUGGUUGCUGCCUGGGCUGAUAUCAAGAGCGCUAUCUCUGGUGACUACAGCGCUACUACUGGUGAUGCUGAUGCGCUUGCGACUCUGAAUGCCGGUUACUUCUGGAUGGCGAUGAACGUCUUCUGCUCUGCUUCUUAUGUUUUGGGCAUGCGCAAGGUUAUCCACAAGAUGAACUUCAAGGAUUGGGACACCAUGUACUACAACAACCUUCUCACCAUUCCUGUCCUUGUCUUCUUCUCUCUCGUCACUGAGGACUGGUCCAGCGCCAACUUCGCCAAGAACUUCCCCGAGGACUCGCGCAACCGUAUCUUCAUCGGCAUCAUCUACUCAGGUCUGGCCGCUAUCUUCAUUUCUUACUGCUCCGCCUGGUGCAUCCGAGUCACCUCUUCCACCACCUACUCCAUGGUUGGUGCUCUCAACAAGCUGCCCAUCGCCGUCUCUGGUCUCGUCUUCUUCGCUGCUCCCGUUACCGUUGGAAGUGUUUCAGCCAUCUUCAUCGGUUUCGUCUCGGGUAUCGUUUAUGCUUGGGCCAAGGUCAAGGAGAAUGAGGCCAAGAAGAACGCUCUUCCUACAGCUGAGAGCCGAGAGCCAUCAAAGUAAAUUUGACAUGGCACGGCGAUGGCUUGUUAGGGCUGCUGUCACCAUUCUGCAAGGCUCAUUAGCUAAUUGGCCAUUUUUGGCCAAUAUUUCCAUUUAGUCUGGUUAGACCUGAACGACAAUAAUGUACCGUUCCACGGUAUUUGAACGACACAAGUAAUGUAGACAUUUUUUUGUAUAACGUCGGGGGCAAGAGCUCGCUAUCUCGAUGGGGUUUUAGGGUGUCAUUUAAAAGCGUUUAUAGACCUGCUUCAAUACACUGUCUUUUUGCUACUGCAA